GCGAGCUUGCAAGCAUCGGGAAACGAAUAACGCGCAUGAGAAAGAAGCCGUUGACGUGGAGGAAGCACGCGAACAACAGGUUUGUCGCGUUGCACGUAGACGCGGUCGGGCGAAGCGCAUUGGCAUCAGCGCGUUGCGGACAGAAUUGCGGAGUUGUUCGAAGACAGGCGAGCGCGAAGCAACUCAUCGUCAACAUUAAUAACAGGAUUUUUAUGGCUGUUUUUCCUAUUUAUGGCGACAAACUACCUUUCUCAGGCGAUUAUAUUUCAGACGCUGAAUAAUUUUUUCGAAGACGUGAAAAAUAUGGAAGAUAUAUGCAACGGCGAUGGCGAUAAUUUUAAUGAUGAAAAAUGCGAAUGUGUCUUCAACUAUCUGGAGGGCCUGGAUCAUCCGCAGUUUCAAUUUUAUUUUCAGAAACUUCAAUUGCCAGGGAUUCACAAAUCAAAGAAGGAUGAAAUCACUGAGCAGUCUGAUCCUAAAAUUUACCUCAUCGAUCCGAAAGCCUACGUUAUCGCUUGCGGGAACAAUGCCCCAGAGAGAAAAAUGGCCAACAAGGAAGUAUGCGACGAACUGGACAAACUCAUUAUUACGGAUCUGUAUACUAAAUGGUGGUACGACCCCGCUGCUUCUUGUUUUAAUUCCAUUUUGAACACAACCAAAAGGUCACAUCCAGGAGCUGUACUCGCCUUCAGUCUCGUUCUACUGGGCAUCGUGUUAACACCAAUUCGUCUGCUGCAGAAUCUUUAAAUAACGAUCAUAACAAGUUUCACGUGCACAAUCAAGAAAGUUCAUAUGCUUGAAAGUUAUUUUCGUCAUUAUUCGAAAAAAAAUGCCUUACUGUAGUUUAGUUCUUAAAGAGAUAUUUCGUUCGACUUUUGAGGAACAUAGUUUUUUAAUACGCACUUGCAGAAAGUACGAUUUUGUCGGAGACUCGGCGAAAAAUCUGGAUUUAAAUUCGUGCUUUCCACGCGUUGUUUUGAAAAAAUAACUACACCUAACAUGUUCGAGAAAGAGAUUCUUAUCUCAUCUGCCUUUCCAGCAUCACUUAACUCGAGCGUAAACGUCACACGAGACAACAGUCUACUUUCCCGCAUUAGUUAGCUAAUAUACUAUUGUUUUAUUAAAAGAUAAAAGUUCUCUAGAAAAAAGUUUCCUACUAUUUCAGAUCUUUUUAACCAAUAAUAACUUAUUCAAAAAUGCAAUGUUUCGCAAAUGUAAUUAAUUUUCACUUAUUAAGUAUGCAAAAAAGUAUGUUAAACAUUACAAUUCAAAUUUUACAUAGUUUGACAACAAAUGAUAGUCUUUUCACAAAUGUAAUGAAAUUCCGAAACGUCACAUUUCUGAAUAAAGUUAUAUUACUCAAAAGGAUUUGUAGUUAUAGUCAAUUUAUUUCUGAAAACUACUCAGAAUUGAAUGAAAACGCACCAACAUAAAUAGAUAUUUUUCUUACUAGAAUUGUGCUUAAUUUUUUUAUUCAACUAUCAUUAUAUACUUGUGAAAAAUUUAAACUUGAGUUAAUAUUAUAAAUAACCGAAAAGACGUUUCGUAUCCGGUUAGAUGUUUAAAAUAAAGUUUGCAAAAAGAUUAACCAUGCCUUCAAUCGUAAUAAUCAUUACAUGAGUAAUUUUUCAAAAUCUGAUACGUAUUUAAUUAUUUGAAUCCUAUAUUUAAAAAAAUGUUGAUUCGCCGAUGAUAUACAGCAUUAUAAUUAUCAUUAUUGCCUAAAAAAACGCACGACAUUUUGAAUUUCAUUAUUAUUUGAAACAUUUGUAUUAUACAUUUAUGAAUAGGAGAUUUAUAUUCACUAGUACAUUCAAUUUAUGAAUAACGUAUGGAUGAUAAUCUGUAAGCAUGGAACUAUACAGUUAAUAAAUCAUUUUAGGAAAAUAAGAGGCCGUGUUUCAUCAAUUAUGCUGGAAUUAUCGGUACAAAUCGAUUCCUAUCUGCGAUAUUGAAAUUAAUAUCGCCGUCUUAAAAUUCGGUUGCAAGAGAAAGCACCUCACAAAUAUUGUUAUUUGCGAGGUGCUUUAAGCUCGUCACAUUUGAAACAUGUUAGCGAGCGUUUUGCACGAGGCAAUCACAAAGCCACCAAUUUCGAGUAAGCUUUAAUCGAUUUUUUGUGAAAUAACAAGUGCAAAUUCAAUUUUUACUCGUAGAUGAAUAGUGAUAGUUUUAGUAUAUUUCAAAUUGCAUAUACUACUAGAAUCUCAAAGUUAGCAUGUAAAAGGUUAAAUCAGUGUAUUAAAUAACAUACAAACAUGCAACAGAAAGCGAGCUAAACAACGUUAGCAAUAGUAAAAAGAGAAAACAAACCAUAAAUUUGUACAAAUUAAUUUAUGCUAUAAUGUACGUGAUUGAAUAAUGGAAAAGUUAUAAAUUUGAACAAAUAUAUGCACUAUUAAAAAUUUUAAUAUUCUUAGCUUCAAAAUACGAGAUUGACAAGAAUAGAAGUAUAAAUAAGACACAGCGAUCAUUAGAUGCAUGAUUGUCAUUUUGUAAGAUAGAAUUAUUUAUUUUUAUUGAAGAUUUAAAAUUCACAUAAAUCACAUUGAUAUAAACAAAAUAGAAUUUUGAUAAUGUACAUUCUAUUCAUUAUAUAUUAUAAUAUAGCUGUCGUUACAUUCAUAGUUAUAAGUUAUGUAAUAUCUAUAUUGAGAAUUUGACUUUAAUGAUUGUCUUUCUGAAAAUGUAACGGAUUGCAGUAUUGUAUUAUUUAGCUAUUGAAAGAAAUUGAUGUAUAAUCCUGUAGAUAAAUGCUUAAGCUUUAUAAAGUUGUAGAGAAUAUUCAUUGAUUGUCAAUAAAGUAAUAUCGUAAAACUUUUGAGCU